CUGCAAGUUACGUCUGCAGGCAAGAUGAAUUUGGAGGAGUACUUCAAAAGAAUUGGUUUCCAUGGCUCUUAUGAAAAACUGGAUCUUGCAACACUGAAGCUGAUCCACAAACAACAUGUCAUGUCAAUUCCAUUUGAAAACCUCAGCAUUCACUGUGGUGAGAAGAUCAUCAUGGACCUGGAGGUCAUUUUCAAUAAGAUAGUGAGGAGCAGUCGUGGAGGCUGGUGCCUUGAGAACAACUUUCUUUUUGGCUGGGUGCUGAGAGAAAUGGGCUACAACACCACGACCUUGGGCUCCAGAGUUUUCAACAGUAUUCUCAAUGACUUUGGCCCUCUUGAAUCUCAUCUCAUCAACAAGGUUGUCAUUGAUGGAAAGGCUUACAUAACAGAUGUAAGCUUUGGGGUGUCUUCCCAAGUGUGGGAACCCCUGGAGCUCAUCUCUGGGAAAGACCAACCUCAGGCAGCGGGGGUCUUUCGUCUCAUAGACAAAGGGGACAUGUGGGUGCUGGAGAAGACUGGUAGAAAGCCAGAGGUUGUUAAUCCAGAGUUUGCCAGUUCAAGCCUGGUAAACAGGAAGGAAACAAAGCAGAUCUACGGCUUCACUUUGGUGCCUCGUGAGGCAGAUCAUUUCUUUGAGACAAACCACACACUUCAGACAGAUCCUAGUUCACUGUUCACCAAUAAGUCCAUCUGCUCUUUGCAAACACCCGCAGGAUUCAGAGCCCUGAUCGGCUGGACCUACAGUGAGGUCACCUACAAACCUGUGGAAGGUGUUGAUGUUUUAGACCUGAGGGACAUACCAGACGAUGAGAUAGAGCAAAUUCUGAAGGAAAAGUUCAGUGUAAAGUUGCCAAACAAGCUAAAGCCUAUAAACAACAAAGCGUGGUACACACUCUGAAAAACCACAUGUAUUCUUUUUUUUUCUUUUCUUUUUUUAAAUUGUCCUGAAAGAUGUUACAACCUGUGUUCAUCAUGACUAACCAGGUAGAGCAGCUUGUUGAAAAAUCAUCUAGUUCAAAACUUAACAAUGCUUUUAAUUUAUUUUUUGUACAAUGAAAAUAAUAGCAUUAUUCACUGACACUUUUGAGAGUAAGUAAUAAUGUAUAUUUAAAUCAGGUACCUCAGUAUGUCAGGUUACAGUUUGCAAACAGUUGUUGUAAGAAACCUAACUUUGUUGGCUGUACACUAAACAUUAGUCAAAGAGUUAUGAAAUGAUGAACCACUUUUAAUCUGUACAAGAGUGAUGGAAAAAUGAAAGUAUGGAGAGAAAAAAACUGACCCAGACUUUGUCAAUAAAGGCCUGCUCAGUGUGGUGUAGUAUCAAAGUUAGCGUUUGGCUGACCGAUGGAGCCCACAGGAUAUUUCAGCUUUUGGAUUCUGUAAAAGCCAAGUAUCCAGAGUUAAUUGAAGGAGCGGAUAUGCCUUUCUCAAUGAAAGUAUUACCAGCCAAGGAAAAAUUGUUUUCAGUCUAAGUAAAUCUGAGCAAUGUUGUUUGCCAUUAUUAUGUAUUGUAGUAACUUGCUUAUACCAAUGCAACCUGUUGAGCUUCAACUUAUAUAUUAUCAAGUCACAUGAUAAAACCAACCUUGAUGUUCUUGACUUUAUACUCACCUGUAUUCUAUGUUGUUACUCAUAUAUCAUAUUAUGCUCAUAACCUUUUGUAUCCUUUUCUUCAGAAACAUGAGUUUCAAAACAAGAUGCAGGAUGAGUC